GAGAAAUACAGCCACACUGGAGCAUGGUGAUGUGGAAGACAAGUCUGCUGAUGCGACGAUGCUCCAUUUCUGUUACAGGGUCGCUAAGCUCCAGUAGUCCGAUGCGUUUAGUCUGAAGUAGUUAUUUAGAAAAGAAGGCUUUAGUCCGAUGCGUUCCCAGGAAACCACGUCGAGAGAGCACGUUCGAGCUAAAUAGCCGCCUUGCGCGAUAAGUCAGCGCGAUAGCAAGGAAGGAAGCCACCUCGCCGUGCUGUAGGAGCGAAGCCAUGUCAUCGUGCUAACUUGUCGCAGAGCCGUCGUCGACUUUCCGUUAUAUAUUUUCCGCUUAACCCCCCCACAGUUUCGUUAAUCCAGCCAGAUAUAUUUCAUCGCGGAAUGGCGGCGCAACUGCAUCUCCGCUUGCAUCCGCCUCCUCUCUGCCGCUCUGCUCAGCCCACCGUUACAACCGCACAGCGAAGACACUCGCGAACUGCUGCGAAAACCCGGUUGUUUCCAGCUGCAGCAAGCGAACGCUGCAAGUGUCCUUUCGUGCCGAUUUCUGAGUCGCGUGAUGAUUCAGUUACCUCCUCGCCUUCCUCCCGUUCUCUAAAAUGUUUGACGGAUUCAGCUGAGUCGUAUCCACUGUUUAGAUUUAUCAGUCCCGGAGCGGCUUGUUCCAGGAGAAAAUGGGGUUGCGACUGGUCCGAUCAAUCGGUUCAGCUGCAAUCUCCGUCUUCAUUGAGCCACGCUCUUCCGGCUCUUCUGGCUUUAAACCCCAAUAGCUCCGCUCGAAACCGCUAUCGCUCGCACGUGGUUCCGCGCGCCACCAACGGCAACGUCGCCGGUCAAUCGGCGAGAGGGGAGGUGGAUUCGAUUCGGAAGGAGAUCUCGGACCUAAUCACGUCCAUACAAUGGCUGCAGAAGAAAAUCAACUCGGACGGCCGUCAGAUGGCAAACGGUAACGGUAACGUUAGCGGUGACGGUAACGGAGGCGUGACGGAGCAGCAGGCACUUUACGGGUCGAACCUCCGUCCGGCGACGGAGAUUCGGGGCCGCAUCGAGCGACUUCUGGAGCGAGCCGUGUCGCUGAAAUCCAUGGCGGGACGAAACUCCUCAAGCACACGGCGCGUGCCCGUCCAAGUGACGGCUACUCUGAAAUCCCUGCAGCGUGAGUACGGCUCGCUCUACAACAUCGUGCGCCUUUCCAUCCGCACUGACCUCCCGGACAUGCCGCCAUCCGCGCUCUUCGAUGAGCCCGCGGAUGCAGCGGCAGCGGAAGCGGCAGCAGGGGGGUUGGAGGAAGGGAUUGAGGCGGCUGGUCGGCCGCUGGAUGCAGCUCUUGCUUUCUCCUCGUCGCCGUCGUUUGACACCCAGAGGGAAUCUGCUGCAGCGCUGGGCUCAAUGCUGGAGAUACAACAGAGAGUGCAGCAGCAGAUAUCAGCCAUGAGCGCUGCUGGGUCGCUCCAUGCUGGGUCGCCCCAUGGACCACACUCCCCCUCCACAGCACCACCCGCACACUUGAAGCCGCCCAACUCCUCCACACGCUCGUCCCAGCCGGCAAUACCAGCCGCUACAGCCGCAACAGCAGCGGCGGCGGCGGCAGCAGCGGCUGCAGGCAGCGGCAGCCCCUUUGCGAGUCUGUGGAAGAACAUGGCCUCGCAGCUGUCCCGGGCGUUUGAAACCCUCCUGCCUCCGCCGUCGCCUGAUGACGCCCUGGCAGGAGGAGCAGGGAUAGCAGACCGGACAGCAGCAGGAACAGCGUCAGGCACAGCAGGGAACGUAGGGAUUGCAGGGGCGGCAGGGGCGGCAGGGGCUGUGGCAGGGAUUGGAGGAGGGGCAGUGGGAGGAGUGGUUGUGGGUGAUAGUGGCAUGGGGGCAGCUGAGGGGGUCGGGGGAGGAGGGCCGUCUGGCAGCAGUGGUGGUGUCAUCGAUAUCACUCCACAAGCCCCCCUAGCAGGGGCGCAGAGCAGCCUGGUUCGGCUGGCGGGGGAGGUUCGAUCUGAGGAUGCGCUUAUCUCGUCGGUCAACAGGGAGAUGGAGGACGAGCGGCAGAGGCUGCUGAGCAAGGUGCAAACAGUGGCGCAAGAAGUGCAGCAGCGCGUGACAGUGGGCGACAUGGAGGCAGUGGUGGGGGCGGCGGUGGAGACGAUGCAGAGCGAGCUGCAGGCAGCACAGCAGCGCACGCGGCAGCUGCUGAUUCAGGUGGAGCUGAAGGACCGCGAGAUGCGGCUGAGACGGGAGGAGUGGGAGAAGGAGCGGUCCUCUAUGGUCGCCUCCCUGCAGCAGCUCGUACUCGCUAAAGGCGGAUCCAUUAACAGCAGCAGCGCCGGCAGCAGUGGUGGCAGCAGUGGUAGUGGCGGACCCAGUAGUGGCCAAAGCAGUAACGGCAGGGCUAUACCGAUGCCCUCUUCAUCAUCAUCAUCCGCCUCCUCCUCAUCCCCAUCAGCCUCUCACAGCAAAGCGCAACGAUCAUCAGGAUCAGCCACAGCAACAGCCACAGCGACACCUGAACCCGACACCACUGGCGACUCGAUCAUGCGUCUCCUCGCACUCCAGGCGGCAGUCUCCCGCGCCGAAGAAGCUGAGCUGGCAACCGCCGCCCGGCUGGAGCGCGUGGCGGACGUGCUCGGCCGCGAAAUCGCCAAGUUGCGGCGCGACAAGCGCGCGCUGGAGUCCCGCGCGCAGCUGCUGACGUGGCGGCUGGAGGCAGUGCAUGUCAAGCUGGCAGGGGUGUUUGCUGAGCUGGUGGGGGUGAGGGAGGCGAUGAGUGAGGGGAGGGUGGAGGAGGGCAUGGUGCUGCUGGAAGGGGUUAUUGGGGAGGUGGGGAGAUGGACUAGUACUACUUCAGUUGAGCAGGGGGAAGGGGGAGGAGAGUGGGGGGAGAGAGUGGGGAUGGAUGGGGGGAAGAGGAGGGAAGGGGAGGUUGUGGCGGGGUGGUGGGACGACUCGCCUCCUGGGGAGUGGGCGGAGUUUGGGAAGAGUGAGAAUGAGGAGAGUGGGAGUGGGACGGAUGAGGAGAGGAGGAGGGAGGAGGGGAGGAGGAGGGACGAGCUGAUGGCUCUGGUGGAGGUGGAUGGGGAGGGGGAGGAAGGUGUGAUCACGGUGUUUUAUGAGACGGGGUGGGAGCAGGCGUUCAUCCACCACAGCGGCACCCCGUCAGGCUGGACGGCUGUCCCCGGCAUCAGGAUGAAAGACACCAAUGCCAGCGGGCCUGCUGGCUUUCCACUCAAGGUGUACUCCAUAAGAGCAUCCUCGCUUGAGUUUGUAACCAACAAUGGGGCAGCCACGUGGGACAGUUCCCCGACUGGUGGAAACUACACCAUUGAUCGACCAGGUUGUUUCGUCCUCUCAUCUGGACGUUUAUCAGAGUUCAGAUAAGGUUAUUUUCUGGAGUGGGGUUGGUUCGUUUGCAAGGUUGUGUGCUUGUUCGCAUGUAUGUUUUCUUUAGAGUCCUUGCUAAUCCAAAUGAUGAAUCAACCAUUCUAGUGAGUGAGAUAAUCCAGCUAC